UCAGCUGCUGAUCUGAUGCAUUGGAGCUCCACCUCUGCUGAGGAAAAUCUCACAGAGGAUUUACUGCUCAGACCUUCACACUGGACACUGAGCCCUCAGGACCUUACUCCUCCGGGAUUCAGUUUUAGUGGAAUAUUUCCCUCGGGAGACUCUGGACCUGAACACCUGCUGGAGUCCGUCCUGCCUGAACGGGAAACAUCCAAGAGUGUGACUAAUAUGUGGAAGCCUUUGAAUGGGCUAGAUCCAGGAAUCAGAGUGCGGCGCUUCCAUUGCGUUUAGACCGGGGAGCAGCAUGCAAACAAACCGGUGAACCGCCGUGGCCUGUUAAACCCCCACCCUCAUAGCCACCAGCACCACCAACCCAGCUUUAGGGGCGACUCCAGACACUUCCACUCUGCCUGACGAUUUGCACCAAACGCCAUGGAUUUCACGCUACCCAUAAGAAGUCAAGACAGGAAGUCUUCCUCCAGCUCUCCUCUUCUGGGCCCUCGCAGCAGCUGCAGAAGGCAACACUACCAGAGCGUCAAGAGAAAGCUGCGGCCUGGACGGAUCUUUGGCUUCAUCCUCAGCCUGGUGGUGGUCAGCAUAGUGGGUUCAUGGAGUGCCUUUUCGCUGGCCACGAUGGUGGCCACAGAGCUGGGACCAGAUGCCGAGGGCUCAGCAGAGGCAGCAGUGCCCCACAGAACUCUUCUACAAUACAACAACCUCUCAGCAGCACAAGACGACACACCGGUGGCCAUGCGAUCAUCUGAGAUAGAGAUGAAUCACGGAGACUACCCAACGGACUACUUCACCGUGGAGGAUAGACGUCAGGGCUUUGUGGCGUUUCAUAUGUUUGGUAUGCUCUACAUGUUCAUAGCCUUAGCCAUCGUCUGCGAUGAGUUUUUUGUACCUGCACUAACUGUCAUCACAGAGAAGCUGGAGAUCUCUGAUGAUGUCGCAGGAGCCACCUUCAUGGCUGCAGGCGGCUCAGCCCCAGAACUCUUCACCUCUGUCAUUGGAGUCUUUGUCUCCCACAGUAAUGUAGGUAUCGGCACCAUCGUGGGCUCCGCUGUAUUCAACAUCCUGUUUGUGAUCGGGAUGUGCGCCCUGUUCUCCAAAGAGGUGUUGAACCUCACCUGGUGGCCUCUGUUCAGAGACGUCUCCUUCUAUAUCAUUGGCCUGCUCAUGCUCAUCUAUUUCUUUCUGGAUAAUCAAAUUGUGGUGGGGGAAAGUAUCAGCCUGCUGAUGUGCUACUCCUGCUAUGUGACAUUCAUGAAGUUCAAUGGCAAAGUAGAAAGGUUCAUCAAGAGCCUGCUGGGCAGCAACCAGGUGGACGAGCUGGAGAGUGCACCCAAGUUGGAGUCAGAUCUGUUGCUCUCUGAUGUUGUAAUCUCGUACGGCUCUCAGUGGUGCAAUCAACAGCAACACAAACUGGAGACAGAGUCAGAAAAGGAGGCUGCACCAGUAGAUGAUGAGAACAAGCUGAUGGCAAAGCCCCGGCUGCAGAGGGAGGGCAGCUGUGCUUCUCUACACAACUCACUGAUGAGAAACAGCAUCUUCCAGCUCAUGAUCCACACCCUGGACCCGCUGAGUGAUGAAGGUAUGGGACCUUUCAAAGAGAAAGCGUCGAUUCUUCACAAAAUGGCGAAGCAGAAGUGUAAAGACGACGCUAUCAAUGCCAACGGUGUAGGAGUCCUGCCCCAGGCACAACCUUCAAGAAGUGCAAUGUCUGAUAAAAACAUCCCCAACAGUUCAAACGUGGCAGUGGAAGUGACGCCACCCAUGAACGGUGUCGCGGGAGGGGACGAGGAUGAGGAAGAGGAAGAUGAAGACCAGCCUCUGAGUCUGGCCUGGCCUGACACCAACAGGAAAAGACUCACUUACCUCGUUAUUCUGCCCAUUGUCCUUCCACUGUGGCUCACACUGCCCGACGUCAGGAGAGAGAGCUCGGCAAGGUUCUUCCCCGUCACUUUCAUCGGCUCCAUUUCUUGGAUUGCUUUCUUCUCCUACCUGAUGGUGUGGUGGGCUCACCAGGUUGGAGAAACGUUCUGGAUCACAGAGGAGAUCAUGGGUCUGACCAUAUUAGCAGCUGGCACUUCAAUCCCCGACCUGAUCACCAGUGUAAUUGUGGCGAGAAAAGGCCUCGGUGACAUGGCCGUGUCCAGCUCUGUGGGCUCCAACAUCUUUGACAUCACUGUGGGCCUGCCAUUCCCCUGGCUUGUCUACAACAUCAUCAACGACUUCAAGCCGGUAGAGGUGAGCAGCAACGGCUUGUUCUGCGCCAUCGUCCUCCUCUUCAUCAUGCUCCUCUUCGUCAUCAUCUCCAUCGCGUCUUGCAAGUGGAGAAUGAGCAAGAUCCUGGGCCUUUUCAUGUUCGUGCUCUACUUCGUGUUCCUCAUCGUCAGUGUCAUGCUGGAGGACAAGAUCAUCACCUGUCCUGUCACCGUCUGAGUGAGCAACCGAGUCUCAGAAGGCUGAAAUUAAACCGAAAUAUGCUCAUGUGCACCAACAUUGACUGAAACUCCUGUCAGUCUCACAUAUACACACAGUAGAAGACUGGAUACACACAUACACACACACACAUACACACAUUGGCAUCCACACGCUCAGUGUCAAGCUGUACCUGCACACACACAUGAAGCAAACAGGUAAACACGCACAGGUUGUUUCCAGUGUUUCAGGACUGCAUCACAGCCUUCCAGGAGUGGCAGAGAAGCCAGUCCUCGGUGAAUGGACUUCUGCCACCCGAUAGGAGAGCCUCCACCCAGUGACGAGUGAAUUGAACAACACCCAGGAUGGACAUUUUAAUCAAAGAGCAUCAGAUAUAUUUAUAUAUAUUCUUUUUAUUUAUUUUUUAAACCAAAGGACUGUGUGGUAGUGUAAGAAGUACAUCCACCACUCAUGCUAGCAGCCAUGGUGAGCAUAUAAACUGAUUUCUUGUUUGUUUGUGGAGCUUUGGAGAGAUCCCGUGUGUCAAACUGGGGAAAUGUGAAAGCUGCUGAACAGACCUUUAUAUUUAACUGUGUCCCUUCCACCAUAUGUAUAUGGGUUUGCAAUGUCAUCAGAAAAGAAAUGUUCAGUGUUGCUGAUUUGAGUGUUUUGCAUUCCAGGGCAUAUGUGGCAGAAAUUUUUACUUUAUUUCCAGUUCAUCCAGAUGUAUAAUAGAACACAUUAAAUACUAAGUAGUUACAUUAUAGUGUACACUAAUAGCAUGGACUAAACUGGGUAAGGUUUUAUCAUGCUCAAUAUUUAUAUCCAAACUAUCUCAUUUGGGGUUUCAUAUUCAUAAGCUUGUAAGUGUGACUUUUUCAGAUCUGUCUUUUUUCUGUCUGCCUUUACAUGCACCACUUUAGAGCGAGCGAGUACUUCAUUAUCGGGACUAAAACUGGACAAUUUUGGUGCAUGGAAAUGCCACGAGUGGGGAAAAAAGCGCUCAUUGCCACAUCUGCAUCCCAGUAAGUGAUGGGAUGCAGUCGGGAUAACAAAUGGUGGGGUAAAGAUUAGUGUUCUCUGUUGUAUUUUACUUUUUUCUUUUUGAAUGUAUGUAUUUAUAAAAGGAGUGUUCAAUAUCAACAGGUAUCACCGGCUUUUUGUGAUGUUUUGAUCUAAACAACUCAUGCCAUGUACUGUAUAAUGUGUGUAUAUAUGUAUAAAUAUAUAUAUAUAUCUACACAAAAAAAUAUUGAUAUCAUUUCCAUAUGUAUAUAUUGAUAUCAUUUCCGUAUAUAUAUGAAGAUGACAACAAUAUUUUUAUCUUGGACAUUUUUCCACUGCUGUAGGCCUUUUGUACUCAGGCCUAAUGUGGGGCUGUCACCGCAAUGUUCUCACACCACUUUCUUGUGUUUGCUUUAUGAUAUACAGUGGGAAAUCUUAGACUAAAAUUCUAAUAAGCAAUGUCAAGUAGGCCCAUAUAAUAAUUCUAAAAUGAAACACUGCUGAAGAGAUUGUGACACUUGAGUAAUUUGGCACAAACUCUGUUUUCCUUGAAUUCCUUUCUGUUAGGUUUGGUAAACUAGUGCAAUAGCACUGAACAAAAUGCGUCUGGAGGGUCCUGCUGUAGUAGACAAUUAUCCAUGAGAAAACACUAUUUCCAUUCAAAUGUUGCAGAUAUAAGAGUGUAAUGCAACUACUCCUACGAAGCUGCAAAAAGAUUAAACAAACUAAGAAUAAAGACGUCUAAAAAGUCAAAAAAAUUGGUUUCCGUUAUUGCGUUUUUUCCCCUGAUUUUGAGAAUCUUAGGUCAUUUUAUUUUCAAAUUAAAAUAGAUUCCCAUUCUAUCUUCUUUAAUGAGUCAAACUGCCUGUAAAAACAGGUGGAACAAAACAUACUUCUAAUGUGAAAGAGAUAUUAGUGACAUGACAACAAACCAAAUGUCUACAUUUACAUUUGUAACAUUACAGCUGCACCAGGUUCUGAACUGCCCGACUGGCCUCUUACAAGCUACAACAGGCCAUGAAACAUUUAUUUCACCAUCCUGAUCAUCUCAAACAUCUCAAAUACAAAAACGUGACCUGCUGAUGAUCAGCGGACAGCAUAUGUUUGAAAAGUUCAAGCUUUGGUUUGCCAACUAUUUUAAAGGACAUGUGAAUAUAUGAUUGAUUUUGCUUCUGUCACAUUCUUACUUUGUCAACUAAAUGGAACCAAAUGAGGGUGACACUUUGUUUUCGCAGCAUUGUUUAAUGUGCUCCAUCAGUUCUGGAAAAAUGUAUUUUUGUAAACUUGCCACUUAACAUCCUUCUCUACUUUUUUUUUUUUUACAGUAAAGUUAGGAAAUGUUAAAUUGUUUCAGUGCAACCUCGAGACAUCGUAGAAUAUAAAUGAAUACGGAAGCUGGUGUUCUGAGCGGUUAGCUAACUUUGCCUAGGAUACCAUGUUUACUAACCUAAGAGGUAAACAGCUAGCAUACAGAAUGGAAACCCUCCUUUUUUCUCAGGUAUUCAUUUGCACUGAAUUUGCGUUUUCUUUUUAACAUGGACAUAUUUCCUUGUAGAUAAUCUGGAUUUAAGCCUCUUUCAUCAGUUAUAGUACCAAGGGAUUAAAAAUCACAUUGCGUCAUUAUGCUAUCCCAACUAUUCUUUUACAUUUUUAUGUUUUAAUAAAUUGCAAUAUAUUUUGUCCAAAUGAAUAUGUUUAUAAAUGUCUGUCCAUAAAACUAUACCGAAUUUCACAAUCAUAAAGUGUAUGUAUAAAAGAUUUGUAAAGUGUAAUGCAAAAACUGCAUAAGCUCCAGUAUGUAAUGAUGUCAGAUGGUAGAUUUCAAAGCCAAGCACAAUUAUCCAUCUUCUUAUUUAGCCUGUCUAUGCAGUAUAAUUUCUAAAUCGUUCUUGUUUUGAUGCAUCAUCUGAAUGUGAGAAAUGAAUGUAUGAAUGAAUGCUUUUAGGAAAUAUCCAUAAGAAUUCAUCCUCAGCCAGUUUGGAUACCUUGACAAAUGGUAAAAUGAUUUUGUACUUCCUGUACACGAUAUGCAAACAUGGAAUCAUAUUCAUGUACUACUUGAAUCAUGUAUUAUGCUGUACAAAACAUAUAUCGUUCAACUGUGUAUCAAGUGUUAUAUGAUCAAAUAAACCAAACUCAAAUUUU